AUGGCGUCCUCCGGCACCAGCGGGAAGCCGUCGAGGUCCGCCAUCGUGGCCGACACGGCCAGCGGGCACCACUUCCUCACCAUCCACGGCUACUCCUGCACCAAGGACCUUCCCACCGGAGAGAAGAUCAGUUCCAGGCGCUUCAAAGUCGGCGGCCACUGCUGGCGCAUCGACUACUACCCCAACGGCACGAACUCGGCGGUCGCGGAUUACGUAUCCCUCUCCCUAAUCCUCGACGAAGAUGUCGCGGCGGGGGUGAAGGCGAAGCACUGCUUCUGCCUCUCUGGGGAAGCGGAGAAAAUUCAAGCGGCCGGGCUGACGGCGGCGCCGGUGUUCACAUUCUCGUCCAGGAGGUCUUGCUUCCUCAACUGGUACUCGACCUUCAUCAGAAGGGAGGACCUGCAGAAGUCCAAGAAUCUAGAGAACGACUCGUUCACCGUCCGGUGUGAUAUCCUCGUCGUCCAUGGUUACCGCGCCCAGCACGCGGCGGCGGCGGCUUUCGUCUCCGUGCCCCCGUGCGACCUGCAGGGGGACCUUGGCAAGCUCCUCGAGACCGAGAAAGGUGCCGAUGUGGUGUUCGAGGUCGGCGGUGAGACCAUCGCCGCGCACCGGUGUGUGCUGGCAGCCCGCUCGUCAGUCUUCGCAGCCGAGCUCUUCGGACCAAUGAAGGAGGGCAAGGCUGACGAUGGCAUCGUGCGUGUGGAAGACAUGGAGGUGGAGGUGUUCAAGGCAAUGCUCCAUUUUGCAUACACUGGCUCAUUGCCCAAGAUGCGCAAAGAAGAGGAAGACGUCACCUGCCAGCAUCUGCUUGUCGCUGCACACAGGUUCGACAUGGGGCGGUUGAAGCUGAUUUGCGAGGAGAAGCUGUGCGAGUACAUUGACAUUGGCACGGCGGCGAACAUCCUGGCACUGGCCGAGCAACACUGCUGUGAGGGCCUGAAGAAGGCAUGCUUUGAUUUUCUCGCUGCUCCAGAAAAUCUGAGGGCCGUCGCAGCCACUGACGGCUUCCAGCAUCUCAGCGUGAGCUGCCCUUCUCUUAUGGUCGAGCUCGUGGCCAUGUCCCCAGUGCAACGGUGAAUCGUGGUUUCUAGACUAAUGUAGUAAUCAGGUAGCCGUCCUGCAUCUAUCCGAGUUAACAACCGAGAUGCAAAAUUAGCCUCAUUUUGCCCUGUUUUGUCGGUUCAUUGCAUCUCUGCAACCAUGCCAAUUAACCAGGAAUUGCGUUGGAAUCAGAAGGCAUAGAAUGCUCAAGUUUUUAGACAAUGAUAGCUUGUGGUUUAGCAUGGGGCGCUUCAUGCUUUCUGAACUUUAUUUAAA